CGCAGGCGCAUGCGCGUUGAGCAGUGGACAGUAGCAUGUGGAUGUUUUUAGCUCAGCACACGUGUAUUGAACUGAUACGACCCGCAGGACCAGCCUGAAACUUUGCACGUUUCUAUUGAAGAACAUGGCUACAAGACGAAGUAAAAGACAAAGCAAAGGAGUCAACGGUGUUGUAACAGAAGAGGCCAAUGUCAACACUGGUGGACAGACUGACUCUAUAUGUGAGCAGACAGCUGGACAAACAGAGGAAAUCAAAAUCACCGAGAGCACAGAGGCAAAAAAGGAAGAAGACCAAAAUGAUCAAGACUCUCAGGAGGACAUGGUUAUUGAAGUCAAAGGAAGUGCAACCACUGUGGCUGUAACCUGGAAUGAGAAGAAAGAAGGAGAGCUUGAGGAGAAAGAGAAGGACACCGGCGCAAGUAACCCGAUAACUGAUACUGGUGGGGAACAGCGUGUCUCUUCUGCUGAUGAAGUUAAUGUCCCAGAGGAUGCUCCCACAGAUAACACUGUCUCAAAAAUCCAGCAAGACGUGGAAGAACCUGAAUCUGAAGAUACUCAGAUGGACACUGGAGAAAAUGAGAGUACACCCACAGUAACUGUCACCGGGGAGAUGAAGGAUGACGCAGAGAAGAGUGAUGUCAAAAAGGAAACUGAUGGAGAUGAAGUGAUUGUUGUUAAAAAGAAAGCAGGAAAAGGAAAACGGAAAGCACAAACCGUUGAGACCUCCCCACCGAAGAAAAUUAAAUUUAUGAAUGAUGGUUUUUGCCUCUUUGUUGGCAACCUGAACAACUCUAAAAAGUUUGAAGAAGUCAAAGAUUCAUUGGCAAAUUAUUUCAUGACACAAAGUAUCCUGUUUCAAGACAUCAGAUUAGAUCGCUCCAGGAAACACGCACAUGUAGAUCUGGCCUCAGAGAUGGAUCUGACCAAGGCCCUGACGUUAGACGGAGAGAUGGUGCUCGAGAAGCCGAUGAAGAUCGCCAAAGCAAAAGUCAAAAGUGAGGAGAAGGUGAAAGUGAAAGUUCCACCAGAGGACAAAAAAGCCGACAAGGAUGCCAGAUGUUUGUUUCUGAAGAACGUCCCGUACGACGCUACAAAAGAAGACAUCAUGAAAAGCUUUCGUAAAGCCGUCACAGUCAGGUUUCCUGGUGGAGCAGAAAACCCAGCCAAAGGUAUUGCCUUUGUUGAGUUUAAAAGUAAAUCCGUUGCUGAAAAAGUACGGCAGCAAAAACGAGUAGUUGAGAUCCAAGGCCGGGUUCUGAUUGUGGACUCUGUAGGACCAAGAGAUGAGCCUAAAGUCACCAAAACAAAUGAUGACAACAACACUAAAGCUGAAGUUCCUCCAAACAACAUCCUAUUUGUGAACAAUUUGUCUUAUAAUGCAAGAGAGAAAGAUUUGAAGAAAGUCUUCCAGACGGCUGUUAAAGUCAAGGUACCUCAAGGCAAAGGCAAACCAAAGGGAUGUGCAUUUGUCGAGUUUGCGACUGUCGCAGACGCUGAAACAGCUUUGAAGUCAUCUGAAAACAUGCAAAUCUGCAAAAGGGCAAUCAAAGUACAAUUCUGUGAAAAGCGAGAGAAGCAAGAGAAGAAGAAAGUUGAAUCAAAAACACUGGUGGUGAUGGGCCUCGCUGAGAAGACGACCUCAGAUACUCUAAAAAGUGUUUUUGAAGAAGCUCUCAUAGCACGAGUCAUUCAGGAUAAGACAGGAGUUUCAAAAAGGUUUGGUUUUGUCGACUUUGAGAGUGAAGAAAAGUCAAAAUCUGCCAAAAAAGCCAUGGAGGACUGUGAGAUAGACGGCCAGAAAGUGACCAUAGCCUAUGCCAAACAGAAGGGGGAGAAAGUCUCCGCAGGUGGCAGACCAGCGUUGGCGGAGCGACCUGCAGGCCAGGGGGCCGUCAGUGGAGGUAAAGGACGUGGUGCUGGAUCAAGAAAAGAUGCUGUUAAAAAAAAUAAAAAUAAAGCUUGACCCUACAAUAAAACGUUCCUUUCUUUAAACCUAAAGACAGUAUUCAGUCUUCUGGUGUGGUGUACUGUACAGGCUGUGUAAGGAUUUCUACACUGUUAGUCCUGUGUGAUUUUUGGACAUAUGAAACCUUAUAAUUUCAGCUGACAUAUUUCGUACUUUUACCUUGAUUUUUAUAACUGUUAUAAACAGUUUGGCUACUUUACUCCUUCAUAGUUGUACCAUGUGAAAGUCUAGCAUAAUAUGCUAUAUUAUGAUCACUGUGUAUAUUUUCUAUUGUAAAGAUAAAAUGAUUCAAAAC